AUGGGAAAGAAAUUUAAUCAUUCAAAAAUAUUGCCUAGUAACCCAAUGCUAAUGUGUAUAUGCGGUAGCUCAGGUUCUGGGAAAACUUAUUUGACCUUUAACAUGUUGACAACACCAAAACUUUUAGACUUCGAUUCUUUAUAUAUCUACACAACAACACCAGAGCAAUCAUAUUAUCAAUUCCUCAAAGCUUUAGAAUAUAUACCAAAGAAAGACAUAGAAAUAAAAGAUAUCUUAGAUACAUAUAUAAAAGAAAAGAUUCUAUCUUUCAAUCCAACGGACAUAAAAGUUUUUCUUACGAAAAAUGGUAAUGAUUUAGAUUUGUCUAAAAUUGAUAGUGAGCGAAAGAACUCAAUAGUGUUUGACGACUGUGUAGCACAAAGAAAUCAAGCUGUUCAACAAGAAUUCUUCACGAAGGGAAAACAUCACAAGUGUCAUCGUAUAUACCAAUCCCAACCUUUUUACGGUAUGGAUGCAAUGUUCAUUAGAAAAAAUGCAAAUUAUUCGAAUUGA